GGCUGGGCUGUGGGGGGAGGGAACAUGGCGCUGGGUACCAGGGCAUCGCGGUGGCUGCUGCACCUGCCGGCCGGGAAUUGCUGCCUGCUGGUGCUGCUGUUGCUCUGCGUGCAGCUCGGGGGCGGACAGAAGAAGAAGGAGAAUCUGUUAGCGGAAAAGGUGGAACAGCUUAUGGAAUGGAGCUCAAGGCGCUCAGUCAUCCGCAUGAAUGGCGACAAAUUCAGAAGAUUUGUGAAGGCCCCACCUCGUAACUACUCUGUGAUUGUAAUGUUCACAGCUCUCCAGCCACAGAGACAAUGUUCUGUUUGCAGACAAUCUAAUGAAGAAUAUCAAGUGCUGGCCAACUCAUGGCGCUACUCAUCUGCUUUUUCUAAUAAAUUAUUCUUCACUAUAGUGGAUUAUGAUGAAGGGGCAGAUGUUUUCAACAGCAUUUAUGUAAGUAAUAACAUUGAUUUUGUUGGAGAGCAGCAAGCAAGGCAGCUCAAUAUGAACUCUGCUCCAACAUUCAUGCAUUUUCCUCUGAAAGGUAAACCCAAGAGAGCUGACACCUUCGACCCUGCAGAGAAUAGGAUUGCAGCAGAGCAGCUAGCUAUGAUAGCUGACAGAACGGAUGUUCAUAUUAGGGUAUUCAGGCCUCCGAACUAUUCUGGCACUAUUGCUCUGGCUCUUUUAGUGUCACUUGUUGGUGGCUUGCUGUACUUGCGAAGAAAUAACUUGGAGUUCAUCUACAAUAAGACUGGCUGGGCAAUGGCAGCUCUGUGUGUUGUAUUUGCUAUGACUUCUGGUCAAAUGUGGAAUCAUAUCCGGGGACCUCCAUAUGCUCAUAAGAAUCCUCAGAAUGGACAAGUGAGUUACAUACAUGGGAGCAGUCAGGCUCAAUUUGUUGCAGAAUCCCAUAUCAUACUACUACUGAAUGCUGCUAUCACCAUGGGAAUGGUCCUUCUGAAUGAAGCUGCUACUUCCAAAGGAGAUGUUGGAAAAAGGAGAAUAAUAUGCCUGGUAGGACUGGGACUGGUGGUUUUCUUCUUCAGCUUCCUGCUGUCGAUAUUCCGCUCCAAAUACCAUGGCUAUCCAUACAGCUUCUUAAUUAAAUGAAUUCAAGUGGGAUACGCAUAAGGCUAAUGUUUACUAUGAAGAUAAGCAAUUACUAAUAUUAUCUGCUCACCUGUGUUACAUUUAUUCAAGAUUCCUGUGUUGAUUCAUCUGUGUUUUUUUGUGUGUGUGUGUGUGUGUGUGUGUGUGUG